CCGGGCAGUGGGCGGGCUUGAAGACGUCGUCUGGGUUUGGACUGUGACAGAGCUAUCUGAGUUCAACGGCUGGGCGGAAAGCCUUUCUCAGGGGCCCUGCCAGGAGGGAGACCCGCGAGAUUCUCGAUGGUGUCCAUGACUUUCAAGCGGAGCCGCAGCGACCGGUUCUACAGCACCCGGUGCUGCGGCUGUUGCCAUGUCCGCACCGGAACGAUCAUCCUGGGGACCUGGUAUAUGGUGGUAAACCUAUUGAUGGCAAUUUUGCUGACUGUGGAGGUGACUCAUCCAAACUCAGUGCCAGCUGUCAACAUUCAGUAUGAUGUCAUUGGUAAUUACUAUUCUUCUGAGAGGAUGGUUGAUAAUGCCUGUGUUCUUUUCGCCGUCUCUGUUCUUAUGUUUAUAAUCAGUUCAAUGCUGGUAUAUGGAGCAAUUUCUUAUCAAGUGGGUUGGCUGAUCCCAUUCUUCUGUUACCGCCUUUUUGACUUCGUUCUCAGUUGCCUGGUUGCUAUCAGUUCUCUCACUUAUUUGCCAAGAAUCAAAGAAUAUCUGGAUCAGUUGCCUGAUUUUCCCUACAAAGAUGACCUCCUGGCAUUGGACUCCAGCUGCCUUCUGUUCAUUGUUCUUGUGUUCUUUGCCUUAUUCAUCAUCUUUAAGGCUUACCUAAUAAACUGUGUUUGGAACUGUUAUAAAUACAUUAACAACAGAAACUUGCCAGAGAUUGCUGUGUAUCCUGCCUUUGAAGCACCUCCACAGUAUGUUUUGCCAACCUAUGAAAUGGCAGUGAAGAUGCCUGAAAAAGAACCACCGCCUCCUUACAUACCUGCCUGAAGAAAUUCUGCCUUUGUCAAUAAACCUUAUACCAGCUUUUUGUCUUGUUUAUUUUACAGAAUGCUGCAGUACAGGGCUCUUCAAACUGAUUUGAUAUAAAAUACAUUUUGUUUGUUUAAGCAUUUUUUUUCCAAAACACUAAGCUUUUUGGACAUCUAUUAAAAAAAUAUAUAUAUAUAUUUUUUGUUAAGGCUAUAUGUUUAAAUAGUUUUUGAAGACAAUCUAGGUUAGGCAGGAGCAAAGUACCAUAGUUUGCUUUUACUUGGGUCGGGAGGGUAGGAAGGGGAUAUUCUCCACGUAUUUUCUUUUAUAACUUGGCACUUUCUUUAUAUAAUAGUUUGUAUUUUGGUUAUUAGCUGCCCUGGAUACUUUCAGGAAGAAAGAAUUAAAUAUUCAGGGUGAGAGAGUUGGGUGUAAGAUCUGAAAUUUUCAUUAUGGAAAUAGGAAGUGUGUAACAUUUUGCCUUGACUGUGGAAGAUGAUGGUUGCAUGUUUCUAAUUUGUAUUUGUUUCCAUCUUUGUAAUACGAUGCUUUAAUAAAUCUCUUAAAUAUUUACUGUCA